UGCUCGCUGACUGUCAACAGCGAGGGAAUAUAGUGUCUGUGGGUGCAAUUCUCUACCCCAGGGGUCCCUGACGUGACAGCGUUCUGUGGGUGCGACAUGUGGUCCUAACCGUGAGGACCCAGCUGAUGGCAGGUUGUCUCCCCCUGAAUUUAGUGUUAGUAUCAACUUGUCUCCACUAGAGGGCUGCAAAAAUGCCGAUCACCUUGCCACUAACCAAAGUGGCAGUUGAUCCAGAUGCCCAGAAGCUCCUGACCGCGCUGCCGAGCCUGGAGACACGACUUCCCAGCAAGGGUCCUGAGAUAGCGUUCCUUCAUCGCUUCCUGCGCUCAAGGGACCUGCGGCUAUUACUACAUGUUUACCGAUUACUUUCCACCAGUCCACAAGUCCGUCCUGUGGCAGAGUUUGCUGUGUCCCAAGCUGCUGAUGUGUUCUGCUCCGUGCGAUGCCAGGAGGAAGACCUGCGAGUACAAGAACUGCUUGACAUCUUGUCUAAACCUCACCUACAGGCGUUGUUGUACACCCAUGACAAGAUCUCAAGGUCGGACUAUUCACCUCAGGUCGGCCCGGUGGCGGAGGAAGUGGAUGAAGAUGAGGCUGCUGUCAAGGUCGUCAGACUCAUUAAGAGCAAUGAGCCACUGGGUGUGACGAUUCAGCUGAAUGAGGAAUCUGGCAACAUUGAGGUGGCGCGGGUGUUACAUGGUGGAGCAGCAGACAGAAGUGGUCUGAUCCAUGUUGGGGAUGAGGUCCACGAGGUCAAUGGCGUGUGUGUGCGGGGAUGCGAUCCCAAUGAGGUUGUUGACAUUCUGUCGAGAAUAACUGGCCCUGUGACGCUGAAGCUGGUGCCAAGCAACUCCAAGAAUGGCCCAGAUCAACGCCAAUGUCAGAUGAGAGUGAAGGCUCUGUUUGACUACACCCCGGAAACAGACACCACCAACCCUUGCCCAGAAGCUGGACUGGAGUUCAGAAGAGGGGAUGUGCUUCACAUUGUCAAUCAAGAUGACCCCACCUGGUGGCAAGCCAGGAAAGAAGGGGAGACAAUCACUAGUGCUGGCCUCAUUCCAAGUAAACAGCUCCAAGAGAGGAACGAGAUGCAGAGACGGGCUGAGGCGAAGGGUUCCCCCGGGCUUGUGCACAAUGGGACAAGACAACUGAGCCCAUGUCGGUACAGUCCAAGAAUUCCGCGCCAAAAGAAAUUACGUAAAACAAUGUACCAUGCAGUUCAGAACGGAGAGUAUGAUACAGAUGAAAUCCCCACGUAUGAGGAGGUUGAACAGUAUCAGCCCAAGCCCAACAAGUGCAGACCGAUAGUGCUUAUAGGUCCUGCUGGUGUUGGUUGCAAUGAACUGAAGCGUCGUCUGAAGGCCAGCAACCCUGUCCGUUUCCUUGAGGCUGUGCCAUACACAUCAAGGCCAAAGAAGCCGUUUGAGCAAGACGGCAAAGAGUACCAUUUUGUGACUCGGGAAGAGAUGGAGUCUGGCAUCAUGGCGCAAAGGUCAGUUGGUGAUGAGGCAAGUCACAGCUCAAAGGUCAUGUUUGCAGAGUAUGGGGAGUACAAGGGCAACUUGUAUGGGACGAGUGUGGAAUCCAUCAAGGCGAUCAUCACCAUGGGCAAGGUGUGCCUGGUCACCCCCCAUACACAGGCCCUGAAGUUCCUGCGUCAAGCCGACAUCAAGCCUUUCAUCAUCUUCAUCAAGCCCCCUUCCCUGGAGAUGCUUCAGGCCACCCGUGGAGCCAUGAAGGCUCGUGUCACUAAAGACGGAGAUGUGACACAACCCUUCACAGUGAGAUUAAGUCAAGAGGAACUGCAAGCAAUGGUGGAAUCUUCGGACAAGAUAGAAGAGCGAUUUGGACAUUUGUUUGACCAUGUGAUAGUAAAUGAUAACAUAAGCAAUGCAUCUGCUGACUUAAUACGAACAGCUGCAAGAAUCGAAUCAGAGCCACACUGGGUACCCAUUGGUUGGUCAGGACAGUGACAGAACCCCUCUGGUCACUGGAGACAAGCCGUCUGGCAAGGUGUCACAUUGUCAAGAACUUUGUCAAUGCUCUUCUGAAGGUGACAUUGCUCUUGACUUAAGAACUGACAGUUCUCUAAACUCAAGAACCCAGUUAAUUUGCUUCAGAUGGUGAGGAUAGCCCUUGUGUCAGGAAUUGUGGUCUAUGAGGGAGAUUUGUAUGACGAGAACAUUGUGUCAUUGGUCUUCAUGAGGGCAGGGCUGCUCAUGACUCCAGAACCAGCAGCAAUAUACUUCAGAACUGUGUCAGUGCUCUUCAGGAACUUAUUUAUGACAUUCUGACAAAUGGUGCAGGAAAUGAGAGACAGUUUGGCUAGGAUAGGGCAUAUUUCAAGACUCUUGCAAGCACUGGGGAUUAUCCUUCUGUAUAUGGAGUUAAGAGGGACAUAAGCAAACAGGCAGGACAGUGACAGAGAUUGAAAGGCUACAGGCUUGAGGCAAAUGAACAGGAUUGUUGGUGACUUCAGGCAAAUGAACAUGGUUGUUAGAGACUUCAGGCAAAUGAACAGGUUUGUUGGAGACUUCAGGCAAAUGAACAGGAUUGUUAGAGACUUCAGGCAAAUGAACAUGGUUGUUAGAGACUUCAGGCAAAUGAACAGGUUUGUUGGAGACUUCAGGCAAAUGAACAGGAUUGUUGGAGACUUCAGGCAAAUGAACAUGGUUGUUAGAGACUUCAGGCAAAUGAACAGGGUUGUUGGAGACUUCAGGCAAAUGAACAGAAUUGUUGGAGA